AUUAUCCCUAAAUCCGUACAGGGCAACGAUGAGUCUAAAGGAUCUCAAUCUGACCAAGGAGCAAAUGAUCAAGCUUCAGCAGUUGCUGGCACAGGAAAUAGAGGACGAAAGCCAGCAGGAGCGGAAUGAGCUAUCAAACGAUGAUUUCAUAGCCAAUGCACUGGAUAAAGUGCAAGUUUAUGUGGAGGCUGGUAAGCCAGAGGCUUUUGUCCAGCUCAAAGAACCGCUAUUAUACAAAUUUAAGAUUACCUCAAAUGGAGUAGCUACUGGAUCUUCGGAAUCGGAUAAGUUUCAACGCGCAGACGCCAAGGAAAUUGCUCGCUGGAAAUCUGACCAUGUAAUAAAUUUGGAUUGCAUUUCAGACGAGGACUACGAGCAGUUAAGCCAAAUUCAAACCGAUGAAAGUACUGGAGAAACCUACAUGCUCGUGCCCAUUGAUAUAAACAUACUCAUUGACGAUACCGAAAUAACUCCUGAUACUUCCACAAAGCGUAUCACCGAAAAUGACGCCUACAAUGCGACGGGAGCGGGACACACCAUCUAUAUGCAUCCCGAACAAGAGGGGCAUCAGACUGGUUUAGAUAGAAAUCCUCAAGCUAAACACGCUUGCCCGGCUCCGCCAGAAGAGCAGACCAACUACGACUACCACAUGCACACUUUCGAGGUGCCCAAGCUGAGUUUUCCCUUUGAACUCAAGUUUGGUAUUGAUACUGAUCGAUUGGUGGGUGGCAAUGUGGAUAAAUCGGCUGAGGACUCGGGAAAAUCAGAUCACGACGACGAUCUGGGGGUAGCUACCGAGCUUCAGGACGUCCUAGAGGAUUUAGAGGUAUAAAGAUCAUCUUGCUUUUUAACGCCAUCAAGGAAAUCAUUUAGAACAACAAAAUUUGUAACUAGCUUUCCAAGUUAGGUGCCUCUCGUUAACUAAAUCUUUGUCUUAAAUUAUAAAUAUUUUAUGAAAUUAUGUACAAGCU